UUAUUAAGUAACGAAUGGGGCCAUUCCCUAUUCUCUCAUUUAUCCUCUCAACAUUUUCCGCUCCGUUUCCCAAAAAACGAGCCGAACACGAGAAGCUUCCCGUUCCGAUCCCCCCUCCUCCUCGUCGUCGUCCUCGUCGCAACUCCCCGAUCCCUGACGCCCCCGAUUUGCACGGGAUUUUGAUUCCCCCCACUCGUCGUCUUCGAUUUUUGGGGUAUACGAUUGCAUCGAUGCGGAAGCGGCUGCAAUGGUGUGAGGUGAGAAGCUUUUGGUGAUGUUAUGUGGCCUCUGUGCGUUAUCAGUGACAAGUUGUCGAAGAUGAUCGGAGAUGGAGGAGGAGAUGAGGAGGAGCAGGAAGGAAAAGGGGGAUCGCCCGCUGAUAGUUUAGCUUCGUUCGCCGCUCGAUCCCACUUCGUAGAUGUCCCUCACGUGCGGCAACUGUUCAAUUGGGAUUGUGGCCUUGCUUGUGUGUUGAUGGUGUUAAGAGCUCUAGGGAUUGAGUGUUGUGAUAUCCACGAUCUCGAGAAACUUUGCUCCACGACGAGCAUCUGGACGGUUGACCUGGCAUUCUUGUUACAUAAGUUUUCAGUUAAUUUUUCUUUCUUCACGGUGACUCUAGGAGUAAAUCCAAAUUAUUCAGCAGAGACCUUUUACAGAGAGCAAUUGGAAGAUGAUACCAGUCGAGUGGGUGAGCUGUUCGAAAAGGCACUUGAAGCUGGGAUUAGUAUACAAUGCAGAUCCAUUAGCUCGAAGGACAUUUCUAUCCUUCUGUUGUCUGGUCAUUGUAUUGCUGUUGCCCUAGUUGACAAGACUAAGUUAAGUAACUCUUGGAUGCAUGAUGUACGUGCCAGUGAAUGCUACAGUGGGAGGUCGGAUUAUAUGGGGCAUUACAUUGUAAUAUGUGGCUAUGAUGGCAAUGCCGGCGAAUUUGAAAUACGGGAUCCUGCAAGUUCAAGGAAACAUGAGAGAGUUUCCAUGGAGUGCCUAGAUGAGGCACGCAAAUCCUUCGGCACUGAUGAGGAUAUUCUUUUGGUCUCCUUAAGUGGGAAAGAUGGGAACAAGGUCCCGUCUUAUUCCUGAUGUGCCGCUUGUAUAUUGCUCAAUAGGCAUUCUUUACUAUUAUUAGUUUGUUGCAUCCGAUUUCGGCUUCUUAUAUUCCAUGUAAAAUCUGUAAAGCUUCCUUACGAGUACCGUCACUGAUAAUGUAAAUCAUAAUAAAGCUUAUCCGAUCAAGUUGUAGAUUACGCAAGUUCUUCCGAAGGUAGCAAAAGAAUCUUCACUCCGAUUUCAUGUGUAUAUUUUGGAGGCUGCAAAUAGAACUGUAAUCAAGUUUCAUGUGCAGAAAAAUUCGGUGUCUAUAGAAGUUGGGGACACGUUUUUGUUUUCUCA